AUGGACGAGUGGCUCAGCCGCAGGAGGGGGGCCCUAACAUACAGGAUAACGCAGGUGGUGUCCGGACACGGCUGUUUCGGACAUUACCUGCACAGAAUACGGAGAGAGCCGGGGCCUCACUGCCACGAAUGCGGCGCAGCGGACGACACGGCCCAGCACACUUUGGAAGAGUGCGGUCGCUGGGCUGUUGAAAGAGUCACCUUCAGGGCGGCGACGGGGAUGGCGGACCUCUCGCUACGCAGCGUAGUAGAAGCUAUGCUGGGUAGCGAGAAAAACUGGAAUGCGGUGGUUUCCUUCUGCGAAGUGAUCAUAUCGCAGAAGGAAGAAGCAGAGAGGGAGCGAGAAGCAGCCGCAGACGCUCUUCCGCUACGACGCAGGCGGCAGGGUCGAAGGCGAAGAGCGUACGCUCGCCUCGAGCCGUAA